AGACACAUUAUUCUGAUGUAAGAAACACAACAACUCCCGAAACCGCAAAACAGUGAAGGAAAAAGCUGAUCACAUCAGCAUCGCCUAACCUCUGACCUUAAAAUACGAGAACGCCAACAACCUUUGCGUUGUGCAGUGCUCUCUUUGUAGUGUGUGUGUGAGAGAGAGUGUCUUCUCAGAGAGAUGGCGGCGGAGAUACCGUGCUGCGGGACAAAGUUCUCAUUGUACGUGUUGGUGAUCGUAGGAUUGGUCUGCUUCGCGGGCCUAAUGGCUGGUCUCACUCUCGGACUCAUGUCUCUCGGACUCGUCGACCUCGAAGUUCUCAUGAAAUCUGGCCGUCCUCAGGAUCGAAUUCACGCUUCGAAAAUUUAUCCAGUGGUUAAGAAUCAGCAUCUUCUGCUUUGCACGCUUCUGAUUGGAAACUCCUUAGCCAUGGAGGCUCUUCCCAUUUUUCUUGAUUCGCUGGUGCAUCCUGCUGCUGCAGUCUUGAUUUCGGUCACUCUCAUUCUCAUGUUUGGAGAGAUAUUGCCGCAGGCAAUUUGCACAAGAUAUGGAUUGACAGUUGGAGCAACGAUGGCUCCAUUUGUUCGUGUUCUUCUUCUUGUUUUCUACCCGGUUUCUUAUCCAAUCAGCAAGGUUCUUGAUUGGAUGUUGGGUAAAGGACAUGCUGCCCUUUUGAAGAGGGCAGAGCUCAAGACUUUUGUGAACUUUCAUGGAAAUGAGGCCGGUAAAGGAGGAGAUUUAACUCAUGACGAAACGACCAUCAUUACUGGGGCACUUGAGUUGACAGAAAAGACUGCAAAAGAUGCCAUGACUCCCAUAUCAAAGGCAUUUUCCCUUGAUCUGGAUGCAACUCUAAAUUUGGAGACACUGAAUUCGAUAAUGACAAUUGGUCAUAGUAGAGUUCCAGUUUAUGCAGGAGAGAAAACUAAUAUUAUUGGACUUGUUCUGGUGAAAAAUCUCUUUAUGGUUGAUUCAAAGGCUGCAGUUCCUCUAAGAAAAAUGGUCAUCAGAAAAAUUCCUCGUGUUUCAGAGAACAUGCCUCUGUAUGAUAUUUUGAACGAAUUUCAGAAGGGUCAUAGUCAUAUUGCAGUAGUGUAUAAGGAUCUGAACAGUAAAAACGAGGCCCCAAAAAAGGUUAAAGAUGGAGAACAGCAUGAUCUCAGGGACAACUAUAAGAACAAGGGAGAGAAUGCACCCUUGGAUAAAGGUUCUAAAUUGGAGUCAGGUGAUACUUUGGCUACUGUUACUAAGAUUGAUGGUUCUCAACAAGCUAAGAAAAGUCCACCAGCAACUCCUGCUUUUAAAAAGCGACAUAGAGGGUGUUCAUAUUGCAUCCUGGACCUUGAUAAUGCGCCCCUGCCAGUAUUUCCACCCAAUGAAGUAGUUGUUGGUGUUAUUACAAUGGAGGAUGUCAUCGAAGAGCUUCUUCAGGAGGAGAUAUUGGAUGAAACUGAUGAAUAUGUCAAUAUCCAUAACAAGAUAAAAGUUAACAUGAAUGCUUCAAAGGAGAAGGCUUCUGAUACAAAUCUGAUGCAACCUUCUCAAGAGGUUCAAGGACAGCACACACCCACUAAUUCAAUUUCUACAGCUACUUCUGCAACAGGUUCACCUACGACAAUCGAUCUAAUAUCUGAAAGUGAGUCACUAAGGAAUCAAUAGUUCAUAAAGAAUGAGAGAAUAACAUAGGUUUGUACUUGUGUUGAAAAGGCAAAGCAGUAUAUAGUUUCCUCUAAAAUUUCUUUGUAUUAUAUUUUGUUAAUAACUAAUAUAGAGAAAGGGCACUAGCCAGACAAAACAGAAUGGAGUUUAUUUUUUUCACUUUUGAUGAAAGCGGAGUGCAAAUCUAUCACUUUCUAAUAUCACUUUCUAAUAUCACAUCCAAUUCUGUUUA